UCACACCCGUAUCUGCGUUAGUCCAACUCGUUGUCGGUCUCGUUGUGCUGUGGAUCGGCCUUGCCGCCUGCCUCUCCUUGAUUUCUUGAUGUACAACCUAAAUCAAAACAGAUUUUCGUGCAAACUCGAUUCCAUCCUCGUUUUCCUCGGACGUCCAGAGUCGACACCGUUUCGUACGCUCGCUAUCCGCGAGCCUUAUGUGAAGAGAUUAUUAUUGGAACGUGCCAUCUGGGUUACGACUCUUGUCUCCACUUGCGUCGUAGUACUCACACUCCUUUUCUGGACUGUCUCCGGACAUCGGCUAUAGC